UUUCAAAAGUGAUGCCCCCUUUGUUAACUGUAACUGAAUCUGUAUACUUACCUCAGUUGUGCUUUGAUAGUUAGAGGCUGCAGUUAUAUUUUACUUGUAUGAGGAGGAUGCAAUUAAAGUGAAAUGCAAUCUUUGUUCCUGCUUUAUCUCAAGAGGUGGAACAGGCAAAAAAUCAUUGCAACUUCUCCACUAUUAAAUCAUCUAAGGAGAAAACAUUUAGCAGAAUAUGCCAAAAUUAAUUGCUGCAAUGAAAAAAGUCAGGAUUUAGGUUUUGAAUCCAAUGACAUAAUGUAAAUGCAGGUGAUCCCAGUACAAGUUCUAAAAAAAGAAGAUUGGAUCAUCUAACUUUAGAGGCAGUUCUGGAAAAGAAAAAAAUCUGGGAUAUAAACAAUCCAAAAGCUGUAGAAUUACAUUAUGCUAUUGGCCAAAUGAUAGCAGUAGAUAAACAGCCAUACUUAUUUGUGGAAGAUGAGGGUUUUCGAAAUCUCAUGGCAAAAGCACAACCACAGUAUAAAGUUUCAUCAAGGGAAUAUUUCAAACAAGUAAUUAUACCAAAAAUGCAUUUAAAAUGUAAAGAAGAAAUUGAGUCAUUGCUUUCUUCAGCUACAUAUAUAUCUUUAACUACUAAUAUAUGGUUUAAUUCAGUAAAUAAAGACAGUUUUAUUAACUUUACUGCUCAUUGGAUAGAUAAUGAUUUUAAUUACAAACAUUUUGUAUUAAACUCAAGACACUUUCCCGGAAGUCAUACUGGAGAAAAUGUAGGCAAGAUGUUAAGCAGCUUGAGCGAGGAAUGGAAUGUGACAAGUAAAAUAUAUCUAGUCAUUCGUGAUGGUGGUUCAAAUAUUGUAAAAGCCGUAAAUGAUCUCAAUUUAGAAAGAAAUACAAGAAAAACAGUUAAAUUAGUGCAGGAUGUUUCAACAAGAUGGAACAGUACAUUUUACAUGUUGAACCGCUUACAAGAAUUACAAAAUGCUAUAUCCAUCUGUGCGAAUGGAAACAAUGAAAUUCAGAACUUUUCAUCAUAUCAGUGGAUUUUAAUUGAAAAUUGUAUUAAAUUGCUUCAACCAUUUGAAGAAAUAACUCAACAGAUAAGUAGUUCAAAAUCAUUAAUUUCUGAAGUUAUUCCUAUGGUUGUAACUUUACAACGAUAUUUGUUAAAAUCUGUUGAAGUUUCUGGAAUUGGAACAAUAAAAGAAGCAUUAGAAAAAAAUAUACAUAAACGUGUUUCGGCAAUACAGUUGAACAAACAUUAUUCACUGGCAACGAUUUUGGACCCACGACAUAAAACACUGUUUUUUGAUAAAGAUCAGAGUUAUGAUGAAGUUGUGAAACCUUUAUUACUCUCAUUAAUGAAGAAAAAAGCAUCUGAAAUUUAAAAAUCGUCAGAAAAUGUGAACAAUAGUAAGUCAAUCGCAAAAUAUUCAAGUUCUGAAAAUUUUCACUAGUCAACUGAA